AUGGUACUUGUCCUGUACGUUGGUCAAGUUGAACACACCGCUCGGAAAGCUCCUCCUGCGGGCACUGACUUGGCCCAGUCCAUUCCAGUAUAUAAGGACAAGGCGACAUAUCGCUAUUCCUCAGCCUUCCAGGUUUACCUUGUACUCAUCAGCUCCUUCGCCUUAUACUCCAAGUCACUCGAUAUGAAGUCCAUCGCCGCCCUUGCAUCCUUCGUCGUUCUGGCCACUGCGGUCUCUGCCGAUCGCACCUUCACGGUCAAGAACCAGUGCUCUUACACCAUCUGGCCGGGUCUCUUCACGCAGCCUGGAGGCGCGGUCCCAUCGCAGCCCACUGGCUGGGAAAUGGCAUCUGGAGCGACUACUACCUUCACGGUCCCUGACAACUGGACCGCGGGCCGCAUUUGGCCUCGUACCGAGUGUGACUUUGCGACAAACCCUGGUCCGACGAGCUGUGCGACCGGCGGUUGCAAUCGUGGCCUCGAGUGCACUCCGGUCACUGGUUCUGGCGUUCCUCCCGCCACCUUGGCCGAGUUCACUCUGAGCUCGUCCAGUACUGACUUCUACGAUGUCUCCAUCGUUGAUGGGUUUAACGUCCCUCUCGAGAUUACUCCGUCAUCUUCGGGGUGCGGUACCACCACUUGCUCGGCGAACCUGAACCCCGACUGUCCGGCCAUCUUGCAAGUGAAGGAUGCCUCCGGCGCCAUCGUCGGAUGCAACAGCGACUGCCAAGUUACUCACGAUUCGGCGGCGUGCUGCACGCCCCCGCACUCGACUCCGGCUACGUGCCCCUCCAGUGGUGUACCGUACUACGACUACUUCAAGGGCCAGUGCCCUGACGCGUAUGUCUACGCUUAUGACGAUGCCAGCGCCACCUUUACCUGCCCGGGAUCUGAUGCAGCUGGCUACACGAUCACUUUCUGUCCCUAA